CUCAAAAAUUGAAAAUUCCUUUUUCUCUCUGAAGUUCUGAACUCUCACGCCCGUCGCUGUCCCUCUCACUCUCUCAAAGCGCUGGCCUCUAAACCCCUACCCCCUCCCUCCCUCUUUCUCUUUCAUAUCUUCCUCUCUCUAGGUCCCUGGCGCUUGAUUCUCUUUCGCUCAAGGUUUUCUGCUGGUCAAAGGAACGGCCAUUGAGUUUGAGGUGCUCAUUGAUGGUGUCUUUUAGUUCUGCAAUCUGACAUGGAAGUCCCAUUCUCCUAGACCCAGUGUGGAGUGGAGGAUAAAUACCUACCGUUGGAUUAAAGAUAUUAGGGCGGGUGACCACAAUUUCCUUAAUUUGAUAACAGUUUAUGGGUAAAGGUUAGAGUUUGGACUUGUGCUGAAAGCAGUUAAACACAGUUUUCCUUUUGCUAGAUAUAUAGGGUGAAAGAAAAUUAAAGAUCAGUUGAUGGAAAACCCUAAUUUCCCAACCGACAUCAUGCUCGACAUUCUUUCAAGACUACCAGUGAAGUCAUUGUGCCGCUUCAGGUGUGUAUCAAAGUCAUGGCGUUCUCUAGUCACCGACCCUGAUUUUGUUAAAAUUCACCUUAACAAAGCUUUUGAGAAUGUGGAGAUUUUCCAUCAAAGGCGAAGGCUUAUGUUUAGUGAUGGGUCACAUAGGUCACUCUACUCCUUGGACCUCGAUGAGUUUCUCAACCAUAAUGAUGCAGUUCAUAAUUAUCUUGAUGAAAAAGAGAAUGACAAUGAUAUUAAUACCAAUGAUGAUGAUGAUGAAGCAGUGGCCACUGAGCUCGACUACAUUUAUAGUGAAAUCCCAAAUAAUUGGGUUUUCAUGGUGUUUCACUGCAAUGGCUUGUUGCUGUGCCAGUUAUAUAACUGGGAGUUCUAUCUGGUUAACCCAGCAACAAGGAAAUCCAAGAAACUACCAGAUAUUCCAUCUUCUAGCAUUGCGUAUUAUUUUGAUCUCUUUGGUUUUGGAUUUGAUCACUCCACUGAUGAUUACAAGAUGGUUGAUUUGCGAUACUUGAAAGGUGGAAUUAUGUUUAUUGUGUACACGCUGAAAACUGGUUCUUGGCGGGAGAUUCAAAGGCGAUAUCCUUACAAAUCUGAUCUCAUGUUACAUGGGAUCCUGCUCAGUGGAGGCCUUCAUUGGCUGGUGAACAGAGUUCGAGGUUCAUCAUCAGUGAUUAUAUCUUUUGAUUUAGCAGAGGAGCAUGUUCAAGAAAUCCCAUUGCCAUGUGAUUUGGUUGACGCUAAAGGUUAUAUUGUCGGAGUAUUUAGACAAAUGCUGUGCCUAACACGUUGUGAUGGGCAAACACACAAUGAGUUUUGGAUCAUGAAAGAAUAUGGAGUGAGGGAGUCUUGGACUAAAGUAAGAAUCUCCAUGCCAUAUUCUUUGUUGUUACAUUCAGGUUUCAAGAGGAAAAAUCAUGAUCUUUUGGUGUUCAAGGACCGGUUGUUUAUGUACAAUUUUAACGGUGAAAGAUUUCGGAAAUUAUCAGUGUCCGGAUUCCCCAUAGUUACUGAAGUUGGGAUCUACCUGGAGAGCCUUGUUUCGCCGAAUUCUUGUAGCGGAGGAUGUUAGAAGAUGAACUCACUCCAUUAGUCCAUAUCACUUUCAUAUAUGUAUCUAUUUGAGUACCUUCUCUCUCUUGCCAAUUGUUUUUGUAAUUUCCCUUUGAGAUUUUUCCAUGUUUAGUAAAUGACUCCAUAGUAUAUUUUGUUAUUUUUAUAAUUUUUUUCAAUCAAAUGCACAUGAGCAUCUGGUCUCUGCAGUCACAAA